AAAUUUUCCAUGCAUCGUGCUACCAGCGUCCCUUCAGUCCCCAGAAGACGUCCCAAUGACACAGGGGCAAGAGCGCCAGGCAGGAAGGAAGGCCGCAGGAGGGCUCAUCCGCACCACAGAUCAGUGCAUGUCUAUAAACGGCGUUAAACCGUAUGGUGCUGAAUUCACGUUGCCAUGGCGGAUAGACGCACCUGCUCGCCCGCCACCCUCAUCACGCGUACGGUUCACCAGCUUCCCCCUGGCCCCCAUGAGUCUGGCGGUCGGCUGCCAGCAUGUCCAUGCCUCAGCCCAACCAGUGGCGGGGUGCCUGGCCAUCGCUUGGCAUCGUCCUUAGGCUUCAGCUCAUCGCCAGUUUCGUUCUGCUUCACUUGAUCUCGAGCGCCCGCGCGGACGUCAACAUCACCCUCGCCGAUACCGCGAGCCAGAUCACUUACAGCCCGCCGGCGUGUGGCUUGACGCUAUCUUCGGCUGGCACCGGAAAUUGCAACAGCUCGUGGCGCAUCGUGACUUCCAAUGUGUCUUCUAGCGGGACGCUCACGAUAACAUCUGGGCCGAACAAUGCUAGUGGAGGAUUGGUGCCCCAGCUCUUUCUUUCCGUCCGAGCACUCGGUCUGUCAAUCAAGACGUCCAACGACUCCACGGCGAUUGUCAAUAUAUCAGUCUCCACUAGUACACCCGUCGUGUCUGUCACUUCCCAGAUCAACUCGUCAAUACAGCCCAUCGAGAUCAUCGGUUUGGUAGAGGACCGUCUGACGACGCUCGCAUUGACCUUUGAGCCGUCGCCGAACCAGACCACUGUCCUGAGUAUCGACUCCAUCGUGGUGACCGUCUCCGAUCAAAAUACUGCACCCUUCGUCUCUCCUUCAAUACCCGCAUCUACCUCGCUGCCCACUGUCACUCCAUCAAUUGUUAUACCCUCGCCCUCUUCGUCCUCUCACCAUGGACAGAGCUCCGGUGACGUCGCUGCGGAGGCCCUCGGCGCCAUUCUUGGCGCAAUCCUCGUUGCAACAGGAGCCGUUUUCGUCCUCCUAUCCUACCGGAAGCGGAAGCGCAGACGUCUCGCACGACCAGACUCUUCGCAUCCUCAGGAUCCCCCAGAGCCGUAGCCGAUGGUGAACCGUCUUCGUUCUCAUAUUUCGAGUUUGCUUUGUUUUGCUUCGGUGUUCAUUGUCGCUCUCUUGUUUCACCUGUGGAACAAUGUGUUAUCUCUGGGUCUCGGUGCGCACGUAGCAGUAUAUACCAUGUACUAUCACCACCACUAUCAUUGGAUGCUUAGACUUGCUUACUGUACCUCCGCAUAAUCUCGGGGAGAAGUGAACAAAUAAUGUGUAUAUUAGUUCGUCCCUAUCCUUCAUUUAGUUAUGGACAGUGUCCGUGA